AUGUGGGCGAGAAUCUUGCCUGCAGGAGUAACCUCUAGUACCGAGGGCUGGAGUCUGUUGGAGAUGGCAAUAGCUCCUCCCUGGAGAAGAGAAAAUAUGGACGAGGAAGGAUUAAGUUGCAUCAUUUGUGAGGAGCAGUAUAGUGAUCGAAGAAAUCCUCGGGCACUUAACUGCGGACACUCCUUUUGUACUCCUUGUCUCAACCAGCUCUUCAUGCAGAACUUUAGAACGUGUCCCGAAUGCCGCGCCGUCAUCAGAAAUGCCUCAGUCAAGACCAUUCCCAUAAACUACUCGCUGCUCAGGCUGGUCCGGCCGCAGGGAGCUCAGGCAUCGAAGCCAUCCCCAAAAGCGGUCAAGGAGCCGAAUGGCGGGAAAUGUCAAGCUCAUGGAUCCAUAAUGUUCUUUUGGUGUGUGAAGUGUUGCACUUGGGUGUGCCGCGACUGCCUAGUUUUGGACCACCCUGAUCCUCCACGGGGCAGCUGCGUGAUCAAGGCGCCUAAAGAAGCGGCGGCAGACAUGGUACAAGCCGAUAAUCAGAAAGUCAAGGUCAUGAUUGCAGAUAUCGAGGGGAUAAUCAAGGUGAUGGAAUCUGCAAGUCUUCACGUCGAACAACAGAAGAAACAGUCUGAGAAUAGGAUCACUGCUCUGAAACAAGAGAUGUCAGAAUUGGAGGCCACUGUUCAAAGUUAUACGGCCAAACAGCAAGAAGUCACUAAGAAUGUUACAGAUAUGAAGACUUGGAUCCGAAACCUUCUGGAUUUAAGUCGUUUAGUCCUCAGCCUUCUAGAUUUCAGUCGUUUAAUCCUCAGCUUUCUGGAUAUCAGUUUCCUGGACCUCGGUUUAUUUUCAAUUAAUGAUGUAAGUUCACAGAGACUUUACAGGCAGUGUGCACUGCUUGUUAAGUCAGAAAACUUGAGUUAUAUUGGAUUCAUUGUGAAGUUGGGAUACCUGUCAAACAAAUAUCUGACGUGA